AUGUUUAUACAACAAAAAGCCUUCAAAGAGCUUAAGAAUAAAUUAAUAGUUGCUUCUAUCUUAGCCUAUUUAGACUUUACAAAACUCUUUAUUCUCUUUAAAGAUAUAUCUGACAUAGCUUUAGAAUCUAUUCUUUCUCAAUUUGAUAUAGAGAAUAAAGAAAAGAUUGAUAAAAAAAUUCAAUAG